GGAAAGUAGGUUUGUUAUGGGACGACUGGUUUACUGAUUCAAAAGCACAGGUUAAACUCACUGAGCUGGGUCCGGGAGGCUCCGUCUGAGCCAGCAUGCAGCCCCUGAGAGACGCAGAGCUCGGAGCCUUCACGUUCUUCGCCUCUCCUCUCCCUCAUGAUGUUUGUGGCAGCAACGGACUUCCUCUAACCCCCAACUCCAUCAAGAUCCUGGGUCGCUUCCAGAUCCUGAAGACCAUCACCCACCCCAGACUGUGCCAGUACAUUGACAUUUCUCGAGGAAAACACGAACGGCUGGUGGUUGUAGCUGAACACUAUGAGCGCAGCCUCAUGGACCUCAUCAAACAAGACAAACCCGUCAGUUCAGAGAAGGUGCUGCAGAUUGCAUAUGAGGUGUUGGAAGGACUGGAGUUUAUUAACAGACAUGGACUGGUACAUCGAGCUCUCAGUCCUGCUAAUGUGCGGCUGGACUGUAAGGACAAGGUUAAACUAGCCAAGUUUGGUCUCUAUUACAUGACAGACCAUGGAGCAGAUGUGGACUUCCCUAUCGGGUAUCCAUCAUAUCUAGCGCCGGAGGUGAUAGCGCAGGGCGUUUUCCACUCCUCUGACCCCUCACAUGGAGACGCCCCUUUAGUCUCCGGCCCAAAGAGUGACGUGUGGUCUCUGGGGAUGCUGCUGUUUGAGCUCUGCGCUGGGAGGCAGGUUUUACAGAACAUCGAUAUCAGUGAAAGAUUGAAGUUUAUCCUUACAUUAGGCUGUAUGGAUGAUAUAGUGACUGUACUCGCUGAAGAACAUGGAUGUCUGGAUGUCAUUAAGGAGCUUCCUGCUGACGUGCUGCUGUUAUUAAGGAAGUGUCUGACUUUUCUGCCUUCAAAAAGAGCCACUCCAGCGGAUCUCCUCGAGGAUGCCCUGUUUGAUGGAGUUUCCUCUCUCUACACGCCGUAUCAGAGUCCAGUAAAUCUCUUCUCUUCCUCACUGCGCUGUGCCCACCUCGACCUGCCCGAGGACAUCAACGAGCUCUGUAAAGUGGAGGAGGAGGACUACCUGUCGGAGAGAUCUGUGGACGAGGUUUAUUACCUGUGGUGUCUGGCGGGUGGAGACCUGGAGAAGGAACUGACCAACAAAGGGAUCAUCCAGUCCAAACCUCCAAUCUGCACCUUGCCCAAUUUUAUUUUAGAAGAUGGAGAAACUUUUGGGCAGGGUAGGGACCGAAGUUUCCUCCUGGAUGACACCACGGUGACGCUCUCUCUGUGUCAGCUCAAAAAUAGGUUGAAGGACGUGUCUGGAGAGGCGUUCUACCCAUUACUGGAGGACGAUCAGACCAGCCUGCCCCAGUCGAUCAGCAGUAACGAGCUCUCGGUGGCUGCCAACCUUCCUCUCAUUAUCCGCGAGAGAGACACCGAGUACCAGCUUACACGCAUCGUCCUGUUCGACCGCCUCCUCAAGGCUUAUCCAUACAAAAAAAACCUGGUGUGGAAGGAAGCCAGGAUUGAUGUUCCUCCUCUCGUGCGGGGUCUGGCCUGGGCUGCGUUACUCGGAGUGGAGGGCGACAUUCAGGCGAAGUACGACUCCACUGAUAAGGACACGCCCAUCCCUACAGACAGACAGAUCGAAGUGGACAUCCCUCGCUGUCACCAGUAUGAUGAGCUGCUGUCCUCACCGCAGGGUCAUAACAAGUUUCGGAGGGUGCUGAAGGCCUGGGUGGUGUCCCAUCCUGACCUGGUGUACUGGCAGGGUCUGGACUCCCUGUGCGCUCCUUUCCUCUACCUGAACUUCAACAACGAGGCGCUGGCAUAUGCCUGCAUGUCAGCCUUCAUCCCCAAAUACCUCUACAACUUUUUUCUGAAGGACAACUCCCAUGUCAUACAAGAGUACCUGACCAUUUUCUCUCAGAUGAUCGCCUUCCACGACCCCGAGCUGAGCAAUCACCUGAACGAGAUCGGCUUCAUCCCAGAUCUGUAUGCAAUUCCAUGGUUCCUAACAAUGUUCACUCACGUGUUUCCGCUGCAUAAGAUCUUCCACCUGUGGGACACGCUGCUUCUGGGUAACUCCUCGUUCCCCUUCUGCAUCGGCGUGGCAAUUCUGCAGCAGCUACGUGACCGGCUUCUGGAGAACGGCUUCAACGAGUGCAUCCUGCUCUUCUCCGACCUGCCUGAGAUUGAUAUCGAGCGCUGUGUGAGGGAAUCCAUUAACCUGUUCUGCUGGACGCCCAAGAGCGCCACAUAUCGGCAGCAUGCCCAGCCACCCAAACCCACCGGCGACGGCAACAGCUUGGACAAACCCCCGAACAUCUAUUCAUCAGAAUAUCAGGACCUACCAAACUCAGACCUGUCUCGUGAGCGUCUGAAGCUCUCCGAGCUGAAGGCUGAAGUAUCACCGCGGAUAUCAGCCGAGGAUCUGAUCGAUCUGUGUGAGCUGACCGCUCCGGCUCAUUUUCUGACUUCGCUCAAGAAGUCCAGGGGGGGGCGAACCAAGAUCGUGGUGGUGGACAUACGCAGCAGUGAGGACUACGGGCGUGGUCAUUUCCCCAGCAGCAUCAACGUGCCCUACAGCUCAGUGUUCGGGCCGGACGGUGAGCUGCUGCAGUGUCCCAGCACUAACGCGCUGGCCGGGUACAAGGGCCGAGUCGUUGUCAUCCUCAGUAACAUGAUGAAGACCGCAACCAUGUUUGCCACCCACCUGGUGAAGGUGAACUUUCCUCGGGUGUGUGUCCUGGAUGGAGGCAUCAACAAAAUGAAGCCCACUGGCCUCCUGACCGUGCCAUCACCACAGAUCUAAACUCUUCUGGACCUCCGCGAUCACAGCCUCAUUUAUUCCGAGCGUGUAUCAGAUGUUAUUGCAUUUGAACCUGAAUGAAUUAUUAAUAUUGGAAUGUUUUUAUCUGGUGGGCUUUUCUAGCCCUGCAGAGCCAGUACGGGAUCUAAUGAACUGUAAUGAGGAAACAUCUGAUAAACUUUUAUUACUAAUGAAAUGCAGUGAAAAUGAUCACGAGCAACGUUCAGUCUUUUCCUGUUAAACUCAGCAUUCGCAGAUUAGCAUUUUCCUGCAUUUGCAUAAUGCACUCGUAAUAUCCAGACGAGUGUAAUUAAUUUCUCAUGCACAACAAGAUCUUAAACUUUAAUGAACCGUUUUUUAAAGUUGGCCUUUUUAGUCCUCUUAAAGAUGCGAUUGAAGCACAAAAUGAGCCGAUCUGCGAUAAUUUGUUCCUCCUCUGAAGCUGCAGCGUCCUUUUAUUUAAUGAGAGCUCAUUUUUAUGUGUUACAGCGACAGGACGCUCAGCUGGUGCAUUAUUGGCUAACGUCAGGCUUGUUGUUUCAGAAGAAUAAAUCACCUACCUACAGUAUAUCAUGCAAACGUGUUCCUGCAGGUUCUUUUAUUAUACAUUGUAUAUUAUAUGCUUAAAAUGGCAUACAGUGUGUGUCAAAAGUCUGAGGCCACUAAUGAAAAUGCUUCUAUUUUCCUUCUUUCUUCAUUUCAAGUCAUUAUAUUGUUUUUAUUACAAAUCCCAAACCUCAAAUCUUUGCAGCAACUAUUUGAGCACCAGAGAAAGUCAAGGAUUGUCUUCGACUUUUCCUUACAGUCACCUGACCUGAACCCAUCAGGCUUCAAGCAUUUAUGGUGGCACUUAGUCAGUUAACAACAAGCAUUUAGUGCCGCUCAGGUGUCGCAGCGGUAAAAACACACGCUGGAACCAGAAUACAUCGUAUCGAAUCUCGGCUCUGUCUACCGGCUGAGGCUGAGCGGCCACAUGAACAACGAUUGGCCUGUUGUUCAGAUAUGGGCGGGACUAAGCCGGAUGAGGUCUCUCUCUCAUAACGAAUGCAAUUACGACCUCUGCUGGCUGAUUGGUGGCGCCUGCACAAAGAUGAGAAGAGUGCUGUCAGGGUGUGUCUCUCCGUACACAACGCUAGGCUGCACUGCAUUCGUCAAAGUGUAGGGGAUAAGAUGCAUUCGGCUGCUGCCCACGUGUCGGAGGGGGCGUGGGUUAGCUUUGUUCUCCUCAAUCAGAGCGGGGAUCGGCAUUGGUGGAGAGGAAGCAUGACGUAAUCGGGCAAUUGGACGCACUAAAAAAGGGAAGAAAAUGCAUAAAGAAAAUAUUUUAAAAAACAACAACAAGCAUUUAGUGACCACAACAUGUUUACAUUUAUGGCAUUAAGUGGACACUUUUACUCAAACAGAAAGCAGUGAUUUGCAGAUCUGGUUCAGUGAUCUACUAUUUUGGUGCUCAUUUUAAAAAUCAUGAUUUACUUCAAAAGAGUUGGGACUGGAACAGUGCGUUACCUCAGUGUAUUAAUUUUUAACAACAUAAUUGUAGUCAUUUCGGAACCAAGGACACUGAUUGUUGUUGUGAAAGUGGAUUUUUAUCCAGUCUUGCAGCUCGACAGUUUAGAGUCUGAACCUUUUAAUAGUAGAAAGGUCUGGACUGCAGAUUGGCGCAAUAUUUUUACUAAAUUUGUUUACAUCCCAUUACGUCUACCUGUGCAUCCGUGUUUAAAACAUACUCUCACAUGGUUCUCCAGACUCAGAAUCUUAUUUCUUGAUCACACUUGGCUGUACAUGACUCGGGCAUUUGUUAAACUAACACGUCUGUGUUAUUAAAAAUAAAAUUUAAUCUUUUUUUAA